CUAAUAACCACUUAGAAAUUAGCCCCACUGUCUCUCCCUUUCUCACAGAACCUAUCAGGCAAUUCGUUAUCAGCCCUUCAUCACAAUCUUCAACUUUCUCUCUCCUCACUGAACCCAUCUGGAUCUAAUCAACCCAUCAACAGCAUCACAACCUUGAAGAACAAGACUUGUUUUAUUGGGGGAAAUUCAUAAAACCCACUUAUCUGUACCUUGAAGGUUGGGAAUUGGAAUCAAAAGAAAUUAAGAGAUGAGUUUCAGGAGCUUAGAAGAAUUCUGGGCAUUUUACAUGAGCCAACACUCGAAAGCAUCAACUAGGGGUUUGCACUUUGUGGGUACACUGAGUGGAAUAGUGAUAACAAUCUGCUCACUGUUGUUUAAUUGGAAACUGUUGAUUAUGGGACCUAUAAUUGGGUAUGGAUUAGCUUGGUACAGUCAUUUCUUUGUGGAAAAGAAUGUUCCAGCAACAUUUGGUCAUCCAAUAUGGUCAUUCAUAUGUGAUUGUAAGAUGUUCGGAUUAAUGCUUACAGGUGGUAUGGAUAGAGAGAUUAAACGCCUUGGUAAACGCCCUCUUCUUCAUCCUUUCUGAAUCUCUUCUGUGACGAUCAAGCUCCAUUGUAUCAUAUUUUCUGGGUGAGAAUUGUUGAUCAGGAUCACCGUCUCCAUCUUGUAUAAUGUACUUAUAUUGUAUUUGAAUAUUUACUUAUCGUAUACUCCUAGUAUUUGGAAGUUCAUUUGGAGAAGUCCUUCCUGUAAACUUGUGGAAAUCCAUCAAAUUUGGUUGCUGCACUCCAGAAUAACCCUAAUUGGCAACUGCAAUUUUCUUU